UUAUGACCAUUCAUAUUCAAUAUUAGUUACACCGUGUACUCUUCUCUGUUGUAACGAUAAUGCUAUCCAUAAGUGUUUUUCUGAUAUCGUUUGCUUUCUUAGUUUUUAAGCAUUCAGUGAACGCGGCCGGUUGUGAUGUUCCAGCUUCUUCAUUAAAAAAUAACAAUGCACCACCGCUUUUUUUCCGUACCAGCGCCGAUAUGGGCAGAAUAAGCGAUAAAUCGAUUGUCAAAGCAGCAGGUGGCAGAAUGAUCUUCAACGAUAACGAAGACGUAAAAGUGGUGUGUUCCAUUGAUAAAAUGGAUGUCAAUACAGUGACGAAACACAUAAAAUGUCUAAACAACAAGUUCAUUGAAGAUGGCAUAUACAAGGACCUUAAAGAUAUAACCUGUCAAAAUUCUCGUCCUCCCGCACCAAGAAGUGAAGUUCCGGGUCUUUGUAAGAACGCCUUUUUAACUGUUUCCGUAGGUUUUCGAAUUGAUGGUGUUUUUUUAAACCGUAUCGAAUCCUGCUAUGACAACAACACUCGUCUUCCUUUAUACACCAAAUCGAUUUUAGACCAAUCGAUCAGUACUUGCCCUACGGGGAGACCGGGAUGGUACAGCACCGGUACUUUUAGAAUUAUGUUACCGGCAAAUAUAGAAGAGAUCUACACUAUAGAUAGCCAGAGAAAAACUGUCAACCAAUUAUUAGGACUUCCUUCAGGUGACAAAAGUUUUAUUGGCGAUGGUCACAUGUACUUUGCCAGAGGUCACUUAACACCGAAGUGCGAUUUCACCUACCCUUCGGAACAACGUCUUACGCACAACUAUUUCAACGCCGCUCCCCAAUGGCAACAAUUCAAUGCUGGAAAUUGGAAAGUCUUGGAAGCAAGUAUCAAAGACUUCGUGACGAAAUCGACAACCUUUGAUCACAUCGUCGUAUAUACUGGGACGUACGGCAUCACAAAAUUCAAUAAUAUCGAUAUUUAUUUGUACGUUGGCCAAGGCAUACACGCUAUACCUGUACCUCAAUAUUUUUGGAAAAUAAUUUACGAACCUACUAGCAAAAAAGCCACUGUGUUUGUUAUAAAUAACAAUCCAAAAGACAUAAAGAUACAAGCCAUGUGUAGAAGCUUUUGUGAUACACUUGGAUGGCUUAAAAAAUCUUUUGAACCGACUACCAUAUCUAAGGGAACCUCAUUUUGCUGCAGUUACCCAGACCUAAAAGGUAUUAUACCCAACAUGCCUGAUAUUGAAGUUUUAGGGCCACUCUUGUAAUAAUAUUAACGAAAUUGUUGUAUAUUUGAUUGUAAGGGAAGGUAACUAAUAAAAUCAACUUAAAUUAAA